UCUGAAAUUAUAUCCGCUCGUCAGUGAUCUAUCAAGUUUCAUUUCAAUUUCAGUUCAGCGUUAAACACCUAAUGUGAAACACCUCGAAACGAUCUUCCUCUCGCUGUUAUCAAUAUCAAAAUAUCUAUACACAAUCAAAUCAAACAAAAUAAAAAUAUAAAAAGAAAAAAAAAAGAAAAAACAAAAAAUGAGUAAAAUAAGUGUGUGGGAGCAAAACGAAGAAAUUAACUACUUUCGUGAAUAUUUAAGAAUUCCAAGUGUUCAUCCAAAUAUAAAUUAUGCACCCUGUAUUGAAUUUUUGAAAAGACAAGCUGCCGAUCUGAAUCUUCCUCUAAAAAUAUACUACCCAGUAAAUCCAGAAAAUCCUGUUGUAGCAAUAACAUGGACCGGAACUCAACCCGAUUUACCAGCUGUUGUUUUAAAUUCACACAUGGAUGUUGUGCCUGUGUUCGAAGAAAAUUGGACACAUCCUCCAUUUGGGGCGGAAAUGGAUGAAGAAGGUAGAAUUUUCGCCCGAGGCACACAAGAUAUGAAAUGUGUGGGAAUGCAAUAUUUGUCAGCAAUCCGGGCUCUAAAAAAAGAAGGCAAAUCCUUCAAACGUACAAUUCAUCUUACUUUUGUUGCAGAUGAGGAAUUAGGUGGAGGCCGUGGCAUGAAACCGUUUGUUCUAACUGACGAUUUCAAAAAUUUGAAUGUUGGCUUUUCUCUAGAUGAAGGCAUUGCAGCUCCUGGUGAAGUUUAUCCAGUUUUCUAUGCAGAGCGCGCUAUUUGGAGAAUUUUCUUCAAAAUAAGUGGAACUACUGGACAUGGAUCACUAUUGCACAAAUAUACAGCUGGAGAAAAACUUCAAUAUUUGGUUAACAAAAUGAUGGGACUUCGAGCACAGGAAGUGUUGCGUUUGGAGAAGAACCCAAACCUUAAAGUUGGUGAUGUAACAACAGUAAAUUUAACUCGUAUCAGUGGAGGUGUUCAAACAAAUGUUGUUCCAGCACUAUUAACAAUUGGUUUUGAUGUUCGUCUUGCCAUUAAUGUGGAUCAUGUUGUUUUUGAAAAUCAAUUACUUCAAUGGUGUGAAGAGGCGGGUGGUGGCAUCACAAUUGAAUAUGAAACAAAGAGACCCUUUGUUGAACCAACAAAAACUGACGACAGUAACCCGUAUUGGAAGGCAUUUAAAAGUGCUAUUGACGAGCUCGACCUUAAAAUUGAACUUGAGGUUUUCCCCGGAGGAACGGAUAGCCGAUAUAUUCGACAGGUGGGCAUUCCAGCUUUAGGAUUUUCUCCAAUGAAUCAUACACCAGUGCUCCUUCACGACAACGAUGAGUUCCUCAAAGCGGAUACUUACCUCAGAGGUGUGGAAAUCUAUAAAACAAUCAUUCCAAAACUAGCAAAUGUUUAAGAAAGAAACUAAACCAUUAAUAAAAUCAACACAAUGCGUUAUUGUUUUGUAAUUAAAAAAUCGUUUCUUUCGGUAUAUUUUCUGUUUUUUU